UUUCUGUUGUUAAAACUUGAAUUUUUACUGUUUACUGUUUAGUUAUAAUAAUAAUAUUAUUGUAAUAUAAUAUCCAUAGACAAGUAUGCUAUGUUUAUUUCGUGUAUGAGUUACCUUCCGUAUGUUAAGUUUAAAUAUACAACGAUAGUUUUUUCGUAUUGUUGUCGUUAAUUGAUUCGUGAGUUUUUCAUAAAUUGUGCAAAGUAUGGCAUCAAUGAGUGCUGCGAAAAAGAAACAAGUGUCUCAAAAUGAGCUGCGUUUAUUAAUGCUCAAGCAAAAACUUCAGACUCAAAGGGUGAAAAAGAAAAUCGAGUCACCAUUGGCAAAAUAUAGCAUAAAUGGUCAACUGUCUUGUAUUGUGUGCAAAUUAAACAUAAAAGAUGAUUCUUUAUGGAGUGUUCAUAUCUCUUCCAAGGUUCACAAGGAAAACAUUUCCAAACGUAAACCAGAGUCAUCAAAAAUGACUGAAAGGUUAGCAGUGACUACGGAAAGUUUAAAACGUACUCUACCUAAACAAGAAAGUUUUGUUCCACCAAAAAAAUUAAAAGGUAUUUUAAAAAAUUAUAAAGCUCCACCAGAAAGAGUUCCUAAUGAUUUCUUCCAAAGCCCAACUCCAACUUCAUCAGAAAAUAGAAAUGUUAAUCAAGAAACUGACGAAAAAAUGGAUGAACAAACAGAGAAUAUUGAUGAUAUAAAUCUUGAUAAAGGUGAACUUCCAAAAGGAUUUUUUGAUGAUCCUAUGUUAGAUGCUAAGAUUCGAAAUGAGGAGUAUGUCAGCUCAAUUGAUGAAGAAUUUAUAAAAUUUCAAAAAGAAAUUAAAGAAGAGAACAUGUUAUCUGAACAAAUAAUGGCAGAUAAUGAAGAUGAAACUACUUAUGGGCGACAAGUAGAAGAAAUUGAUGAACAAAUCAAACAUUGGUCAAAAGUUAUCGAACUGGAGAAGAAAAGAGAAAAAAUUGCUUUAGCUACAGAAAAUAUGAAUAUCAUGGAAAUUAAAAAUGAAUCAGAUGAAGCCGAAGAAUCUGAUGGUUCAGAUAUGGACGAGUUUAUUGAUUGGCGGUCAAAAAAAUGAAAAUAUUGAAUAUGAUAUUAUAGUUCAGACUAUGUUAAAUAUAUAUUUUUUUUAUGUGUAUACAGUUAUAAUAAAAAUGUCUUAAAGUUC